AUGGAGUUUGUGGUUUCUAAGCGAAUCCAACCUGAGGAAGUAAAAGAGCGUUUAAAAGAGGAACAAGUGUCGAAGGAGCUACAUCUUAAAUCGUCUGAAACGCAGACGCUGAACAAAAGAGCCGUACUCAACCGCAUCCGCAACCACCAAUGUAUUCACAAAAUCAAGAGUCUCCUUUAUACUACCACUCCUAAUAGCGUAUCCACCGUCGACGCUGAGGACCGAUGGAUUGAUAGUGGCGAUGUUUUUUCUUGUCCUUAA